UUGUUGCAGACGAAAAGUAUCGAUUUGGACAAUAGCGAUGCAAGUAGCGGGACUAGGCCUCGGUUUGUUGCCGUUACGACCCUCGAAGAUGUCCAGGCGGUUCGCUGUGCAGAAUUCCACCCCGGUGGUCAGCUGUACGCCGUCGGAUCCAAUUCGAAAACUCUUCGAAUAUGUGGAUAUCCGAAAUUGGGUGACGUUAGAGAAGAACAUCAAACGUACCAGCCAAUGGUGCUCUUCAAACGAACCAAACAUCACAAGGGUUCCAUUUACUGUCUGGCAUGGUCGCCGAUGGGGGACCUAAUGGCAACGGGAUCCAACGACAAAACCGUAAAGUUAAUGAAAUUCAACGUGGACACCUCCAACUUGGAGGGCGACGAGGUCGAGCUCUCAAUGCACGACGGCACAGUUAGAGAUAUUUGCUUCUUGGAGGAUACGUCGAACAAAUCGAGCCUUUUGAUUAGCGGUGGCGCGGGCGAUUGCAAAAUUUACGUCACGGAUUGCGCUACGGGCACACCCUUUCAAGCACUGAGUGGACAUACUGGUCAUAUUUUAUCUUUGUACACAUGGGGAGGGGCGAUGUUCGUCAGCGGAUCGCACGAUAAGACCGUCCGUUUUUGGGAUUUGAGAACGAGAGGCUGUGUCAAUAUGGUUACGCCGUGCACGGUGCCCGGAACGAGGCAGGGAUCUCCUGUUGCCAGCUUGUGUGUGGAUCCAUCAGGACGAUUGCUUGUGUCCGGCCACGAAGACAGCUCGUGCGUUCUGUACGAUAUCAGAGGAGGCCGUAGUGUACAAACGUUCAAACCGCACUCCGGCGAUGUUAGAUCUAUUCGAUUUUCACCAUCAGCUUACUACCUGCUGACUGGUGGUUAUGAUAAUAAAUUAGUUCUUACAGAUUUACAGGGAGAUUUAACACUGCCAUUGCCCAGUGUAGUGGUGGCGCAACAUCAAGAUAAAGUAAUAUCCGCCCGAUGGCACCCUUCCGAAUUCUCCUUCUUAUCUACAUCCGCAGACAAAACAGCCACAUUAUGGGCUUUGCCGCCCGUUUAGAAAACAGCUUCAUUCGCUCUCGACCGCAACUGAUCUACUAAUGUAUAACAAAAGUGAUUAUAUUACUAAUAUUCGACUGCACAAAAUGUAUUUAUAUCUAAUUUUGUAGUUUUGUUAAUGUAAUUCUUAGAUAUUUAUUACUUAGAUACGAUAAUCGUUCACUAGAAAUUGUUAAUUUCGUGAUUUUAUUGUUCGCUAUACUUUUUAUUUUGUAUUAAGGUAUAAAAUAUAUUUGAAUUGUUAUAAAGCAGAUCCUAUUGUAGGAAACGAUAUUAGUAUCGUAUAUUAACUGUUCUUCAUUCAUUAUUAGAUUUGAGGUUGUAGAACUGACCGUUUUUGCGUAUCAUAUUUACAUUAUUUUUAUUAUCUAUAUUUGUAACUACUACCCUAUACAUUAGCUUUUGUAAUGUGGCCUUUGCUGUAUAUAUACAAUAAAAUUUAAUCUGAUACAAUAGAAGGAAAUAUCUAUAACUUAUAAUGUAGCAAAUAAAUCAUCAUUUCUUCUAA